GCUACCGCUAGACGAGCGCGUUUGUUUCGGUUGUGUUUACCCAGAAUGCCCUGCGCUGUAGUUCACUUCCUACAUUUGGAGCGCUCUUUCAUCCGCUUGACCUUCACAUGAAUUCGAACCAUUCCAGACUUCAGCCGAACCGAGACCGAGGGCCGCUGAGAAUCAGCGGUGACCUUUGACCCCUCACCUUCAGGGCCGUCUAUCUGAGGGGGCGGGGCCUGGGGAGAUCAGGGAGGGAAAAAUGGCAGCGACCUCCAAGGUGCCGAGCAAAGGUCUUGGUCUGGUUCUGGUGGAGUUUGAGUAUGAGUACAAAGAUCAGAACGGGGUUCUGGUCACCAUCAAACCCAAUGAGCGCUACGUCCUGCUGGCCAAGACCAACGACCACUGGUGGCAUGUCCGGAACGACAGCAGCUCCAAAGCCUUCUACAUCCCGGCCAAGUACGUCAAGGAGUUACCCACCGACUUCCCGUCCCUAUUGGACUUUGCUGACAAACCUGGUCCAGAUCCGGUCCCUCAUCCUGUGGUGGCUCCAGUUCCUGUUCCUGUUCCUGUCCCGGUUCCAAAGAGUCUGGAGGAGCCUGGAGGAAGCAAAACCAAGCAAAAUGAUGAGGUGACGAUCCGCCUCAGACCCGACACUUCCAACCGGCACCACCGCAAUGAGAACCGCAUGUCCACUUUCGGCGUACCUCUAGACUUACCGGACCUGGCACAUGUAUCGCCGAGGGUCCGUACAAACCACUCUGCUGGUGCUGCUGAGACCGGAACCACAGCUUCCACUGGAACUACAAACAUGGCUGACAGUAAAAAGCAGCCCCACGUCAAGGGGCACCAUGAGGACCAACAGGAUUCUGGGAAACCGCGGGUUCCCAGCUUCAGUCCGGCAGACCCGCGGACAUCCAGCCGGCACCAGAACCAGCCCAUCCAUGUGGAGAUGCCCGUGGUUCCCCCUCACAGCAAAACGUCUGAGGGUCGUCAUGACAACAAGCAGCAAAAAGAGGAGCCAGAGGAAGAGGAGGAGGUGCCUGAGGAGGCAACAACAUCAGAGAGCAGCGAGGAAGAGGAGGAGUGUCGAGGUCACCACAUCUACGAGUCCAUCCAGGACCUGAAUCUGGACCUGGAGGCUCUGAGCCUCCAGAAGGCUCCAUCAGCAGCACCUGAGUCCUCACUUCCUGCUGCGGCUCCGCCCUCCUCAAAGGAGCAAAGCUCGCUCUCCCUUAGUUCGCCCAUCUACGCCAACGUCUGCUCCCUCAAGAAAACUUCUACUCCUCAGAUCCCCAUCUCCUCCCCAACUAGUGUAGACCCUGACCAAUCGGAAGGAGGCCACGCCCUCUUAUCUAUAAGCUCCUCCUCCAGCAUGAUAAGCCCCGCCUCUCCUCUCAGCCCACAAGACAAAUGGCAGGUUUACACUGAUCAGGAGAGCGGCAGGAGGUUUUUUUACCACCCUUUGACCAGACAGACCACCUGGUCGGACCACCGAGGCCAAACGCCAGCCGGAGACAUGGACCUGUCCAGUCCGCUCUCCCCGGCCUCCUCUAAGGGUUCCUGUGAGUGGGAGGAGCUGCUGGACGAAACAUCGGGACGAGUCUACUACCACAACCAUAAAACAGGAACCACAUCCUGGGCUCUCCCUGACCCAACUUCCCCAUUAUCUCCUGCUGGAUCCACAGGCAGCAGAAACCAGGACGACGUCCAGCCUCCUCUACCAAAGCCAGAUUAUCCCAUGGACAGACACAACAACAAUGAAGACUCUGUCUUUACGCAGCUCCCGCAGAUUCCCAGAGACCAGCUGGACGGCCAGCAGAAGCAGCAGGAGCAAAGGCUGAUGAGUAAUGGAAUCCCUGCGGAGGGAGGAGCUUCACAAGUCAGGAUCAUGAGACACAGUGUUGCUGAAGAUAUGUUUUCUCCGGGACACAGAAGGAUAUCCUCGGACCUCACGGACGCUUCCAGGAAGCAUUCGCCUGACAGUCCGCAGUUUCAUAGUAGGCUCAAGCUGAGGAGGAACCUGUCCAACAACAGCACAGUCAAACCCCAGCGCCAUGGCCAUCUGCUGGAAAAGGCAGGAAUUGUUAACAAGACCAAAUUGGUUGAUCAUGGCAAAAAGAUGAGGAAGAACUGGACUCAGUCCUGGACCGUCCUCCAUGGUGGGAUUCUUACUUUUCACAAAGAUCCCAAAUUUUCCCCAGCUGGAAACACUAACAAAGCAUCGCAGAUUGUUCCAGAGUACACUGUGGACCUGAAAGGAGCGUCAGUCCAAUGGGCCGCCAAAGACAAGUCCUCCAAAAAGUUUGUUCUGGAGCUGAAGACUCGUCAGGGCUGCGAAUAUCUGAUCCAGUACGACACGGAGAGCAUCAUCUCAGACUGGUACAAAGUCAUCCAGGAAGCCAUCCAGCAGCUGACGCCUCAUCAGCUGGAACCGGAGCAUCUAAGCGAAGAUGAGGACGACUCGGACAGAGAGGACAGGAAGAGGGGAUCCACCAGGAGCAAUUCAGGAGCAGACUCAGAGCAGAGCCGGAUCCGGAGCAAACUGAGACGCUUCCUGCAGAGGAGACCGACGCUGCAGAGCGUCAAAGAGAAGGGAUACAUCCGAGACAACGUGUUUGGCUGCCACCUGGACGUUCUCUGUCACAGGGAAAACUCCAUCAUUCCCAAGUUUGUGGAGAAAUGCAUCAAAACGGUGGAGAGGAGAGGUCUGGAUGUUGAUGGGAUCUACAGAGUGAGCGGGAACCUGGCUGUGAUCCAGAGACUCCGACAUAAAGCCGAUCAUGAGGAACAUUUGGACCUGGAGGACGGACAGUGGGAGGAAAUCCACGUGAUCACUGGAGCACUGAAGCUCUUCUUCAGGGAGCUUCCAGAACCGUUGUUUCCCUUCUGCUGCUUUGACAAGUUCAUCGCCGCCAUCCAACUUUCUGACUACAGCCAGAGGGUUUCUUACACGAAGGACCUGGUCUGCUCUCUGCCGCUGCCUAACUACGAAACCAUGAAGCUGCUUUUCAAACACCUGCGCAGGGUCAUCGACCACAAAGACUCCAACAGGAUGUCGGUUCAGAGCGUCGCCAUCGUGUUUGGGCCCACACUGCUCUGGCCGCAAAUAGAGUCCGCCAACAUGACGGUACACAUGGUCUUCCAGAGCCAGAUCGUCGAGCUCAUGCUCAACAAAUUCAAUGAGAUCUUCACUGAGACAUAGGAGGUGGUCCACUGUCACCUUCCAGAACCUUCUGGCAACAUAUGCUGAAGUGAACAACAAUGUCUCAAAACCUGUAGGACAUCAAGCGUAUAUUCUCUAUUAGGGAGGAACCUAAAACCACAGGACUAAUACCAUCAAAAACUCCGGUUCUGAUACUUCUGAAAGAGGUUUCUGUUGAAGAACCAAACCAAGGGGACUUAGAGUCACCUGAACCGCUAAAGAGACAUCACAGACUGAGUUCUACUUGAGACUCUAGCUUGGAAACCUCCUGGAAACUGCACACCUGAGAGAAACCUCUAGAACCUUCUGAGGAAUAUCUGUCAAACUGCCUAGAAUCCCCCUUGUAGAACCAAAGUCCAAACAGUAGAAGCUGGAGCGUAGAACCUGAAUCGCAUUGGAACCUGCUCUAAAGUCACUGGGAUCCUUCCAGAACCUCCAUGUUGCACUGACCCAAGUUAACAAAGGACAAGUUCUCUUCAGAAAUGCACCAGUAGUAGAUGGCUGUUACAGCAUGAAGCUCAUGUUGAAGAUCUGCUUCGUCAGGAGGAGGUUCUACACUUUAAUGUCAGUUUCAUGUACGUAGAGGCCAAUAAUGGCAUGAAGAUCAAGUGAACCUAUAUCUGGAAUUUUAAAAUUUAAAGGGGAUCAGUCAGUUCGGAUCAUUCCUUUACGUCAGAUUUGUGUUUAUCCGGAUUCAUCGUGUUAAACACCGGAUCAGUUCAGAUUUAAUUUCUAAAAUGUUUUUUUAAUAAAGAAUUGUCAU